AUGAAUCAAAACCAGCAAACUCCUCCGAGUGCUAACACGCCUACAACACCAGCCACAAGCUCGAACAUGAAUAGUAACGCCCCAAGUCAAGCCUCCAGAAUCAUGACCAACUCUUUGACUCUUCCAAACAGUCAUCAUCAUGCGAGUUUGUCUUCAUCAUCACCGCUCCAGAAUUCUUCAAACUUGGCCACUAUGAAUUCAUCUCCAUCUUCAGUUAAAAGUAGUAGCCUCUCUCCUCUCGCUGUGGCUCAGCCUUCAUCGAUCGCAACAACCUUCAUCAGUACCAACAGCAACAACAACAACAACAACAGGCCAGUAUCGACCCCUGUGAUCCCACCAUUCAACCAAACAUCGAUGAAGUAUAGUAAUCAUCCGAGUUCAAUCAUGGUUGAAACAACAACACAUGACGACAAGAAAGAUGACACAAUGACCACAAACUCUCCCUGCAUGAGGAUUAGCUUGCCCUCAACACCAUCAUCAUCACUCUUCACCACACCAACAACCACUUGCAGCUUUAGUAGUAAUGGCUUUUCACCCUCAUCGAUCAGUACGGACGCGUUAGUUCCAAUGACGACAAGUUUGUUUUCAAACACUCCUCUUCCCGUUGCGGCUGAAACAAAAAAGAAAAAAUCGAAAGAGGAUGAUGAUCAAGACACUAAAAAGAGAAAGAAGAAAUCUUCUGAUUCCGUAGAUAUAAAGAAGGAAUCCACUCCGAAAAAGAAGAAAAAGAAACAAGCGGACCAACCUCAAGAGCCUUUGAUUCCAUCCAGCUCUCCCACUGCAAUGGAAAUUUCCAAAUCAAAAGAUGCACUCUCGAACACUGAAAUGAUGAAACAAAUAUAUUUUGGUAAAAUACCAAAGCAGCUCACGCUUCGUAUUUGUUGCCUCAUGGAUGGAGAAACGGAGGUGGAUAAAGAUAUUGUAUCAGAGGAAAACGGAAAUAUUUUGAUCGAUGGAAAUAAGUUUUUGAAUGAAUUGAUUGAAUGGAAAGGAGCACUGGAUGAUUCCAAGAAAUUCUUUCGAUUUCAUGCUGCAUUUGUGUUAACUGCCAUGUCACCAGAUGACAUCACGAGUUUUGCAGACCUUGUCGACAGCAUGAAAGAAGCUUUGCAAAGCUGUGAAUGUUCUGAAGGCCUGUAUGAUUUAAGACGUGAUACAAAGAUUUAUAAUGAAACCCUGGAAUAUCAAUACAACACUGAAUCCUCAACGAUUCAAAUUAUAAUGAAACGUAAAUCUUUUAUUGAGGAAAUUGCAACCAUUAUUUACAAAAUGGUGUCUAGACAAGAGGAAGAAGAGAUGGAAGAAGUCAUUGAGCAAGAAACUCAAGUGAAAGAGACAACAGAAGAACUCACUUUGAUAUUCACAUUUUCUCUUGAAAACAAUCCAAAGAAGAAGUAUAACAUUGAAUUGAAGACUCCCAAAUCCACAAAUUACAAGAAGGUUAUUUGUGAAAAUUUGCGUCUCUUUGAGAAUGACAUUCAAAAGUACACUGAGAAAGAUGAAACAACUAUAUAUGCAAGCGGAAUAUUGCCAAAGAGCUUUAUGAAUGCAUUAGCCGGUCGUGUGGAUGUGAAUGUUGUGCAUAGACAUGUAUUCUAUGAGCAAAGAGUAAUUUCUCACACCCUCUAUGAAAGAAUGAAAUCCAUCAUUGGCCAAACCAACUUUGAGCAAUUCAACCAUUUAUGCUUCCUUGUUUGCACUCCAGAUCAAAACACUCUUUGGUAUCAAACCAUGGAAAGACUAGAAAGAGCCAAUAUAUUACCUCCAAACACCAAGCUCACUUCUGUUUCAAUCAAGUACAGAAAGGAUCAUUUGCCAAUCUUCGAGGCCUUUAGAAAUAGGAUUGAAAAGGAACAAGACACAUUGUUCAUAGUCAUUGCCGAUGAAUGUCAUUUUGCUAUCACAAAAGAUGGAGCUCACGACAACAUUGUAAAUGACGCAUUGGCAUUGAAACACAACAACUUUUUUGUGUUGCUUGUAAGCGCUACACCCUAUAAUGUAAUUUCAGUCGAUUCCAAUGUUCCUGAAGUGUAUGAACUGAAACAGCAAAUUCUAAAAGAUACUGGAAAUCAUAAUGGAGUAGAGAAUAUUGAGCUCAUAUAUGAUAAAGAAGAAUAUUUGCAACAAGUGAAGGUAUUGACUGGCAAAAUUGGCGAUUUUAGUGUUGAUGACAUUGUUCACUACGACGAAUCGAAUCACAUGCUCAUCUCACAUACCUCAGACAAACAAUUACAAAUUGAGCUAAGUACGAGAGAAAAAAAGAAAAUUAACUAUUCAAAGAACAUUUUCAAACUGAAAAAACCAAUAGGGAAUUUACAAGUGGCAGACAAAUCGUUUGUGGAGAUUUUUGACACUGUCAAAUGGAUGGUAACAUUUUGUCCUGUCGAUAACCCUUCGCUUCAAGUUAGCAUGAAUGAUUGGGAGUUCAGAAAAUAUACGGAAUAUGAAGAAUAUAAUGUUAUUUGUUGGCAUGACGUUCAAAAGAGAACAAUUUUGGAACGAACUGCACAAGAUUUUCAAACAAAACGAUAUUUCAGCAAACAAGAUUACAUUAAUUCCAUCAAAUCCGGUGAAGAUCUAGUGUUAAAAGAUGUGGAGUUUGAAAGUAUUUUGCGAAACGUUAAAGCUGCUAGUAUCACACUUCGACCCAUUAUGCUUGCUAUAGAUUAUCAUUUUUGGUUUAUUUUUCAAGCAGUUGAUCACAAGUUGUGUACUAUCUCUGAAGCAUUUAAUCAUUUUUUGAGUAUUGACACUAUUUCUACUACUGAUGAACACAAAUUAUACGUUUCCUUGUGCAAAUUGUUGUACGUGUUUUACAUGGCCCAAAAGUACGGAGGCCUUAAAAAAGUAGAGAAAGUAUUUGAAAAUGAAUAUCUUGACGAUGAAGACAAUGUGUUUGAGGAAAAGAAAACAAAGAAGCAAAAGAAACAAGAUUUGAAGUCAGGCUUAAAAUUGAUGAAUGAAAAGUUAAAAAAAACUUUUGAAAGAAAAAAGAAAAAGGUUAAGGAAAGUUUUGAAAAGAUGAUGAGUGUCCGAGUUAGUGGUAACAGUCACACAGGCAAACUUGUUCAUGAUCUUUUAGAGUCAGGAAAGAUCAAUGGGUCUAAAUCUAUUUCAGGCCAAAUGAAAAUCCUUAGAAUUACAACCACUGAAUUUGCAAACACUGUCGUUUCCAUGCUCAAAUUUUCAGUCACAAAGUUAGCUUCAUUAUCAGGCUAUAUCUUGCCUGACGUAUUGAUUGACACUGGCGAAAAACCUCUCACAUUGGAUCAGCUAUCCGUUGUAACUAGAUUGAAAUUAGCAGAAAAAAUCCUAUCCACAGAAGAUUAUGAACUCUUUCAAAAGAACCCAGCAAGACUCUCAAAAGAAAAGAAAUCCUUAGAAUACAUCAAUCUUCAAAACUUCCCAUGCAUUCUAAUCUUGGUUGCCAAAGGUCGACAAGGAGAUACUUUCCCUCAGAGUUUCGAUUGUUUGGAUAUGAGAGCAAAAGGAGACUCUUUACCAAACUAUUCUUCCUUUACACAAGAAUUCGGUCGUCUUUGUCGAUAUAUUGAUGAUACUGAUAAGAAACCUAUUGCUCUCGUCACUGAUGCCAUUUAUAAAGAUUUAGACAAGUGUAAGAAUGGCACUUCCAUGGGAAACACAAACAUGAAACUCGAUGCUUACAUGAUCAAAAUGAAGAAAACGAGCGGACAAAAAUAUUGGAUAUGGUCACACAUUGCAGAAGAACAAUGCAAGCUGUGGAUGGAAAGAAGAUUGGUUUUAUUUGCAGAGCCUCAAAUUGGUAAAACUGACAGUUUCCUGCAUUUUCUUGAAAGAGUGAUUAAGGGCAUUGAAGAGAAUCGAAUGAAAAGAAUGAUCGAUGUACCAGAUGCAGGAGAACAGGUUGAAGAAGAUGAAACACUUAUUGUUGAUAGUGUACAGAGAGAUCAAAUUGAAUGGAUUCUACCAUAUCAUUAUUCUUGUCAAAACACACUCCUUCUUAUGAAUCACUUACUCCUGGAAAUCAUAACAAGCAAGAAUAAUGGACUGGCUGAUAUGUCAUACACUAGAGCAGUUAACAUUGUGCAACAUACAGAAAUUUAUGAAUUUGACAUGCCAUCCAUUUUAGAUGACAUUUUCCCAAAGGUAAAACCAAAAAUGUCUAUUCCAAACAACAAAAAACAUUGGUUCCGGUUUAGUGACCCACAGAAGAUUUGUGGUGUGACGUCAUUGACUGAUCGCAAUGAUAUUAGAAGCUGGAUUUUCAUGCCUUCCUAUAAUCGUUCUGCAUGUGGCCUAUUUUAUCUUAAUAGCAUCUUGAACGCACAUUAUAGACAAGUGGUUGUAGUAAGAAGUCAAGAAUUCAAUUGUUAUCGAGACCUUAUUGGAAGCGAUUUUGUCAUCAUGUCACUUCCUGACGUGAUUGAUUUGAAGAAAUUAACGUCACUUUGUAACAAAAAAGAGAUUAUAUCACGGUCAGCUCAAUACACCAAUAAUGUGGAAGACAAAACUAUUGUGGAUUAUGAGUUAAAAGAUGAUAUUGGAGGAGCUGGUUUCUCUCGACUCACCAUUCAAAUACUGGCCUAUGCUAUGCAGCUCGAGUUUGUGUGGAUGAUGGAUGAUAAUUGUCAUCAUUUUGAAAAAGUUACCAAUACUCAAAAGACACCAUGUUCGCUCGAGGAAGUAUUGCUACCCAUUGAAAGCAUUGUUUAUGAUGAGGCGCAACCUUUAAAGAACUUUACACAAACACUGAAUGGCAAAGUUUCUCGUAACGACCCCACGCAAUUACUCACUCUCAAUGAUCCUGUUAAAUAUUUUACUCCAGGAAAAGAAAAAAUUGCCAUGAUUGGUAUUCGAAAAGAUGCUUAUAGAUACAACCCAGGCCUUCAUUACAAACCCUUCCUUAAUAGUACAACCAUAUGCUCCUUAUUUUUAUUGAAUGUGAAAGUAACCUUUGAUCAUGGAAUACUCUUUCCAUGUCGUAAAUAUCAAGAAGAUAUUGAAUUUGAAUAUUUAUGUGCCGAGAAGGGACUAUAUUGCAUCAAAUCCCAAAAGUAUUUUCUUCACAAACCUUCCAAUCCAAUACGUAUUGAAUCAAACGCAAACAAACCUUGCAUACAAGCCAAGCCACAACCUCAACCCCUUUCACAAGAGUAUCAAUUAUUAAGGAAUGCAAUUUCAACUGGAAUAGAUUGGACAGACGGUCCUGGCAAGUUCAGUAAUUUAAUGACCAGUGAAAAUGAUAUCGGAAAAGAAUUUUGGUUAUUUUUAACAAAUGAUUACUUGAUACGAUACAACAAAACCAUUACUAAUGCGCCUGAAAUUCUUGAACAACAAUAUCCAGAGUUAUUGUUUGACGUGACCUAUUUCACUCCUCAGAAAGAGAAUAUUCAAGAAUUAAUUAUUAGACUUGUCAUACGAAGAAAAUGA